AGCUAAAUAGAAUUACCAGAAUUUAUCGUAAACUAAUGUCAAACAAGGAACGUACGUUUAUCGCCAUAAAGCCUGAUGGUGUUCAGAGAGGACUUGUAAGCAAAAUUAUCAAACAAUUUGAACAACGUGGAUACAAGCUUGUGGCAAUGAAAAUGGUUAAAGCAACUCGUCAACAUCUUGAAGUUCAUUAUCAAGAUUUGAGUAAGAAGCCGUUCUUCCCGGCUCUGAUUGAUUACAUGGCCUCUGGACCAAUCGUCGCGAUGGUUUGGGAAGGUUUGGAUGCUGUAAAACAGGGGCGUGUUAUGCUUGGCGCUACUGAUCCGUUAUCAAGCAUGCCUGGUACGAUUCGUGGGAAUUUUUGUAUUCAAACUGGGCGGAACAUCUGCCACGGAUCUGACAGUGUUGAAUCGGCCAAACAAGAGAUUGCGCAUUGGUUUAAUCCACAGGAAAUUGUGGAUUGGGACUCGGCACAGGCUAAGUGGACCUAUGAAUAAUUAAAAAUACAAAUUUUGAUUGGAUAUACUUUAGAUCCGUUUUGUUAUUUCCAAAAUUUGUCUGUCACUCUCAUUUGUUGGAUCUAUCAAUAAAAUUAGUUAAUUAUUUUUUAAAUAUUUUUAAUCCGGAGUUGGGCUCUGUACUUGAGCACUUCGUUUGCUGUUUUGAAUAUUGCGUUUUAAAAUUAAAAGGAACAUUGGCAUUUAUAAUUGGACGUUUCGAAAUUGUGCGUUUUGAUCCUACUUUUUUAUUCCGAAUAGGAACGAUUCAGUAUCGC